CUACCAGACCACACGUGCACUUUGCACCGGGCGUCUUCGCGUCGGUCGGGAGAUAGAGCGCUCUGGGACCGAGACCGGGAGCUUAAGCUGCAGCUGCUGACGCGCUGGUGGUGCCUAUUAAUCAUUCACCAGCCCAGAGCCGCGCCAGUUAAUGGCUGUGAAGCCUCUUGGCCUCUGUUCUCCACACUCCAGUGUGCCCAGGCGCCCAGACGCAGCAAGAGGCAGCGCUCAGGCAGGCAACCGCUAGGCGAUGCGCGGAGCAGGCGCUGGUAGGAGCCGCGCUCCCCGCAGCUGCUGCGCUCUACCCUGAGGUUCCCGGUGACAGUAGGCUGCUGGAAAGCUACCGGGUACCGAGGGAGGGCGCAGGCGGCGGGGACUCCAGGAGAGCGCCCCAGCGCCGGCAGCCCCAGCGGCCCCCCUCAGCUGGCAUGUUCCCCAAUGGCACCGCCUCCUCUUCUUCCUCCUCUCCUAGCCCCAGCCCGGGCAGCUGCAGCGCAGGCGGCUGCGGCAGGGGCCCCGGGGCUGGCUCUGCAGACGGCAUGGAGGAGCCAGGGCGAAACGCGUCCCAGAACGGGACCUUAAGCGAGGGCCAGGGGAGCGCAAUUCUCAUCUCUUUCAUCUACUCCGUGGUGUGCCUGGUGGGGCUGUGUGGGAACUCCAUGGUCAUCUACGUGAUCCUGCGCUACGCCAAAAUGAAGACGGCCACCAACAUCUACAUCCUAAACCUGGCCAUUGCUGAUGAGCUGCUCAUGCUCAGCGUGCCCUUUUUGGUCACCUCCACGUUGUUGCGCCACUGGCCUUUCGGCGCGCUGCUCUGCCGCCUCGUGCUCAGCGUGGAUGCGGUCAACAUGUUCACCAGCAUCUACUGUCUGACUGUACUCAGUGUGGACCGCUAUGUGGCCGUGGUGCACCCCAUCAAAGCAGCCCGCUACCGCCGCCCCACAGUGGCCAAAGUGGUGAACCUGGGCGUGUGGGUACUAUCUCUGCUUGUCAUCUUGCCCAUUGUGGUCUUCUCACGCACCGCGGCCAACAGCGAUGGCACGGUGGCCUGCAACAUGCUCAUGCCUGAGCCUGCCCAGCGCUGGUUGGUGGGCUUCGUGUUGUAUACAUUUCUUAUGGGCUUCCUGCUGCCCGUCGGGGCCAUCUGCCUGUGCUAUGUGCUCAUUAUCGCCAAGAUGCGCAUGGUGGCCCUCAAGGCCGGCUGGCAGCAGCGCAAACGCUCGGAGCGCAAGAUCACUUUAAUGGUGAUGAUGGUCGUGAUGGUGUUUGUCAUAUGCUGGAUGCCUUUCUACGUGGUGCAGCUGGUCAACGUGUUCGCUGAGCAGGACGACGCCACGGUGAGCCAGUUGUCGGUCAUCCUUGGCUACGCCAACAGCUGCGCCAAUCCCAUACUUUAUGGUUUCCUCUCGGACAACUUCAAGCGCUCUUUCCAGCGCAUCUUGUGCCUCAGCUGGAUGGACAACGCAGCCGAGGAGCCAGUCGACUACUAUGCCACUGCCCUCAAAAGCAGAGCCUACAGUGUCGAGGACUUUCAGCCUGAGAACCUGGAGUCCGGUGGUGUCUUUCGUAAUGGCACCUGCACUUCCCGGAUCACGACUCUUUGAGCUGGGACCACUCAGGGGCCCUCGCCAAAGCGGGGUGGGGAAGGAAGAGUAGGGGAGACUGGGUAUGAGGGUAUGUCAUCUAGGGCGCCAAGGUGCGCUGGGAGUAACUUGGGGUAGUGGAAGGAACCAGGAAAGCUGUGCAAAUAAGGUUGCAUUGAGAGUUUAGCUUAGAAACUGAGAAAGCUUUCAGAUGCUCUUCUCCCACUUUUGGUCCUUUGCUCCACUAUAUUUGCUGCUCCGUGUCCUUCUGUUCUCCAUACCCUAUAACUUAAAUCCUUCCUCUCCGUCUGGCUCAUGCAGAUCACGAACUCAUUAACGUCGCCAAUUCAGUCUAUUCCUCAGCCCCUCUAGCCAUUAUUUGUUUAAGGAGCCAUGGUUACUACCACGGAUUUCUCUAGGGGUGAGUUCCCAGUUCGCUUUCAGCCCUUUCCUGCCGCGCGGGUCAGCUGGGCAAUCUGCCGGGUGCAGCUAGCAAAAUGUCCGAAAUUACAACCGCUCUUCCUUUGCGCAACCUUACUUUAAGGGAUGUAGGACUUGGGAAUGAACUAAAUUGAUAGUCUUUCCGCCUACUUUUCGGUGAAGGUUCAUACUUGCUUUGGCCCCUCCACCACUCCCACUUCAUCCAGAGCAGAGCCCGGUGCUUAGUAAAAUAGAUCCUGUGCUUGAAACCCAGCGUUCACGCAUCCACAUCCAAACCCCUCUGGAGCAAAACGGAGCUGGGAAGAAAAGGAAGAGAGGAAUUUGCCGAAGCUUCCUAACCUAGGGAUAGGGUGGGGGUGUCACAGAAGCCACCCUCACGCCAGACUCAGAACCGGUUUCUGAGAGCUAACGCUGGGCGCCCCUGGGCUACCUGCAUCUGCGUUAGGCUGAGCAGAGCCAGCGCACUUUCUAAGGGACUGUUUGAAAGCGCAGCAGCAAACUUCACUUUCCUUUCUUCCUUGCUCAAGUUUCUGGAGUAGCCUACCUAAAAUAAUCUCAGAUUCGGUUUCCUACUCUAGUUUACGUAGAAGAUCCAGCACCGGGGCCAAGACCUAGGGUGGCAACUUAAGAGCCUGGUUCACAAAGCUGGCCACGCUGCAGUUGCGUGCAGGCUCUCUGCAGAGUAACCCCCCCCACCCCCGCCGCCCCCCUCAGGGCUGCUGCUUUUCAGGCGGUGCCUAAUACGUUGUUUUCCUGUUUAACGGAAUUAUUUAUUUAUUUAUAUAUUUAUUCUCGGUGUUGGAAAAUGUGUUUCUGCUUUCCUUUUCUUCCCUAUCGGGAGGCUCUUCUGGAGGACCCUAAGAUUUGAAGUGGAGCGGGAGUGGAGGAGAGCUCCCUCCCUUCUCCAGGGCCCUCUCAACAUCUCCUCUCUGGUGGGCGCUCUUUUCUUUUCUGGUAGCCUUUCUACUUUUGCCUGCGUCCAGUGGAGUUUGGAGAUUUUUUCAUAUUUUUCUUAUUGUGGUAUCUUGUUUUAUUAUAAUAAUUUUUUUUUAAAAGUGACAAUGUGAGUUAGUCUCUUCUCCAUUCAGAUUCAAAUGUCCUGAACUCCCAGCUUUCCGGGAAAUAUAUAUACAUAAGGGAAACAUCACCCUGUAUGUGAUUCCAGUGUAUGUAGGUGUGUAUGUAUGUGUAUACACAUAAUAUAUGUGUAUAUUUGUUCAUCUUGCUCCUCUGUCGGAGUCCAAGAAACAAUUUCAAGUACAGCCACCGAACAGUGACAGGUGUGAGACUGGCUGGAACACUUUCAGUUUCAGGAGUUCAAGAAGCCCUCAAGCCUGAAGCUGAGAAAUCAAAUUCAAAGACCUUCAUCACUGCUGGGGAUGUCUCUGCUUCCCCUAGGUUCCCUCAGAGGAGAUUCUGAGAUACAGUUCAGUUAAAAUAAUCACUACUUUUGAGGACAUUGGAAGUGGAAUAAUUUGUGUCUAUGUUUAAUCUUACCAACUGCAUUGGAAAGAGCAGGGCAAGGACCAGUAGUUUUACUUCUUUGUAUUUCUUGUACUGCUUUAUUAUUCGGGCUUGUACAUAGUAGGCACUAAAUACAUGUUUUUUUUUUUCUUGAUUGUUUAAGUAAACCAGAGUGUGAUGCAAUGAUCCGGAGAUAAUAAAUCUGGGAUUCUCAGGUUCUGUCAUUGACAUAAUACACAAUGGUUGAUCUCACUACUGAAAAAGAUAUGUCAUGUAUAUUUGCUUCAAGAACAUUGUGCUUUUCUGAAAGCAGUAACCAAGAGUUAAAAUGUCUCUGUUUUGUUUAAACUAAUGAACAAAUAUGCUUUUGAUCAUAAAUCAGAGUUUAAAUUUGUCCCUUAAUAAUAACAUAUAUUAUCACUCUUUUGGAAAAUGGAUUUUUAAUGGCUAAGAAGAGUUAAAUUUACAAAUCAAAAUUUUGAUCAUAAUCCUAUUAACGGGAUACAAAUCUAGUGCUCUUAACCUGUUAUUGUUGUAAUAUUUAACUAAAUAAACAAAUGUAUUAUGCUGUUGCAAA